AUGUGCGGCCGCUACGCCCUCUCCCUCCGUCCGUCGGUGGUGCGGCAAAGGCUGAACGACCAGAACAUGCCCUCUGACACCGCUCCCUCCGACGACGAUCCCCAGAUCCGCCAAAGCUACAACUUCGCGCCAGGCUAUCACGGCCUGAUCUACCGCGCCGCCACAAACGAUCGCGGAUCCGACGCUACCCCUCUCGACGAGAACAAUACCUCCGCCUCUGAGCAGGACGGAGAGCCCUCCCCCAAGAAAGCCAAACUCUCCCACUCCACCACCUCCGACACCAGCACCACCUCCUCCAGAACCUUCGACCACGAACCCGCCUCUGCACGGGAGACGAGGUACCAGAUCCAGAGCGCAAAAUGGGGCCUCAUACCCUUCUGGACGAAGCGACAGCCCGACUACGGCACACAGAACGGCGGGAUGUGGAAUACGAUGAAGCAGCGCAAGCGAUGCGUCGUCGUGGCGGAAGGGUUCUACGAGUGGUUGAAGAAGAACGGCGGGAAGGAGAAGGUGCCGCAUUUUGUGAAGCGGAAAGAUGGGGGGUUGAUGUGUUUUGCUGGGUUGUGGGAUUGUGUGCGGUAUGAGACGGAUGACGAACAGAAAGACGGAGGAGAGGGCGGGGAGGAUGGGAAAGGCGAGAAGUUGUACACGUAUACGAUUAUCACGACGGACUCGAAUAAGCAGCUGCAAUUCCUGCACGAUCGGAUGCCGGUGAUUCUGGAGCCUGGGUCGGAGGAGAUGAAGCGCUGGUUGGAUCCGGGCAAUGCGGGCUGGAACAAGGACUUGCAGAGUAUGCUGAGACCUUUCAAGGGGGACCUGGAGUGUUAUCCCGUCGAUCGCGCGGUGGGAAAGGUCGGGAACAACAGCCCGAACUUCAUCGUUCCCAUCGACAGCAAGGAGAACCCCAAUAACAUUGCGAAUUUCUUCGGCAAGCAGAAGCAAUCGCCGACAAAGCCCGCCGCGAAAGGUGCUCCCAACAACAAGGAAACACCAAACCACAAAGACGAAACCCGGCCAACCUCAAUCAAAAAGGAAGAUCCGGAGUCCAACGCUCCCCUCCCAAUCCCCAGUUCUCAACCCUGCUCCAAUGAGGACGUCCCUGACGCCACCCUCAUCGCCGCAGCAAACGAAGGCACCGACCGUAACAUCAAGCGCGAAGCCGACGAACUCGGCGACGAAGACCUGCUUGACGCUGAGAAAAGCCCACCGCGCCACAUCUACCAAUCCCCCUCCAAACCAAAAUCAAAGCCCGUUUACAGCCAAAACGGCCUCACGGACAGCCAGGGCGAAGGUCUCGGAGACGAGGACCUGUUGGAAGCGGAGAAGAGUCCACCCUCUCAUGUCUUCAGCUCGCCUUCCAAAGUCAAGGUUAAGAUGGAGGCAGAGGUGAAAGACGAGCCAGUAACGCCUAGUAAACCCCGUCCAACCCGCAGCGCGACGAGUAAUCUACCCAGGACGCCGGCUAGCGCGAAGAGUGCAGGUGGUGGGGAGGGGAAUAAGAAGAUCACUGCUUUCUUUGGGAAAUAG